AUGAACACCAGCAGUUAUCCUGAUGCGACGAACUUUUGGGAGACGGACGACUACAGAGGUUCUGGUCAGCGCAAUCUCAAUGCGGCCCUCAUUGCGUUUUCCUCUGCGUUCUUGGCGAUACGUCUAUACGUGAGGCUGUUCAUGACCAAAAGCCCCGGCUGGGACGAUGGAUUCGCUGUACUUACUUGGGCAUGCCUUGUUGUCCAAUCGACCAUGGACAUUGUAGGUAGGUGA